UGCACCUCUAGGAGACUCUUAAGCACUCCCUUAUUUCUUUAGUCUAAGGGAACUAUGGGAAGGUCUCCUUGCUGUGAUAGGGAUGGCGUGAAGAAGGGUCCAUGGACUCCAGAGGAGGACAACAAGCUUGUGGACUACAUUCAGAUGCAUGGCCAUGGAAACUGGAAGAAUCUCCCACAGAACGCAGGCUUGAAUCGGUGCGGGAAGAGCUGCCGCCUGCGAUGGACAAACUACCUCCGACCGGAUAUUAAGAGGGGGAAGUUCUCAGAGGAUGAAGAACGGCUCAUCAUCCAUCUCCAUUCGGUCCUUGGAAACAAGUGGUCCAUGAUAGCCACCCGGCUGCCCGGGCGAACCGAUAAUGAAAUCAAGAACUAUUGGAACACCCAUCUCAGGAAGAAGCUCCUCCUCAUGGGUAUCGACCCGGUCACCCAUAGGCCGAAAACCGGUCUCGAUCUCCUUGCAAUCCUUCCUCGUCUUCUUUCCGCUGCUAAGAACCUUGGCAACUUGACCACCCCUUUAGAUAAUGUUCUAAGGCUGCAAGCAGAUGCUGCAAACUUAGCCAGGUUCCAAAUACUGCAAAGCCUCACUCAGCUCAUGAAUACUUCUCCUCCUUUGGAUACGGACACAAGCAGUCUUAUGGCUUCAGCCUCCCUUCAGAACUACCAGUUUAGCGACCUCCUCCAAAUGAACCGCCAGCUCCAGGGACUGAUGAACGGCUCCCUCGGCCUUCCUCAGAAUCAAAUCCCAAUGACGUCAGGCCUGCCGGGUUUACAAAUCCCGCAGUUAACCAAUAGUUUUCAGGCUCACCCCGAAUCGAGCAGUAUUCUCAAGGAACAAGAAAUGGUGGCACAAUUCAAUGGUUCUUGCUCAUCCACCGAGCAUGCAAUGCUAAGUAAUGGUCAAAGCACUUGUCCGGUAUUCAAUUCCUCUGCCAUUCCAACUGCCCAUUCCACCCCUUCAUUGGUAUCAACUUCUCCAGAGCAUGCCUCUACAGCUCAAAUGCAAGAUCCAAUCAACUCAAACGCCUCAACUCCAUUUGAGGAUUGGGAAGGACUAAAUCUAGAUGGCCUGGACAAUGAUCUCAGCUGGAAAGAUAUUCUAGACCACAUAUCUUGGUCGAAUUCAUCGUAGAGCAGAGAGCUCAAUCACGAGAAGAAGGAAUUUUCUGUGCAUAGAAAGCUACACUGGCUUCAAGAAUUUGUUACACUUCCAAAAGAUUGUGAUUUAAACACAUAGAAGCUACCAAAAAAGAAACAUUAGUCAUGUACACAAAUACAAGGCUUGUGUAAAACCCCUGAUGGGAUUUUUUUCUUUCUUUCUUUCUUUGUACCGAGAUGCCAUAAAUUCUUUA